UAGUUAACAAUAUGUCGGGUUAUUGGAAGGAACUACGAAUCUGGAUCCUUCGUGAUCCUAAAAAACUUAUACGCUAUAUAGUUCUUUUUAUUUGCAGUAUUAUUGUUAUAGUCCAGUUAUAUGAAUGUUUCUCAAAGCUUCGAAACCCACCAAUAUCUACACAUUCUUAUUUUAAUUUGAAUGAUACAAUUGAAAUGCCGGCAGUGACUGUUUGUCGUGAACCUCCAUAUAAAGAAAAUGUUCUGGAAGAAUUAUUCAAUGAUAAAAGUUGUUACCAUCCAAAAUACACCCAAUGUUGGAGUUCAUUUCCUUUCGAAAAGAUUCCCUUGAUUGAUGUGUUUGUCAAUGGUACUUUUGAACAAAAGGAAACAUUUCAAUUGUGUGGAUACAAUAACGAAGACACAAAUGUCGAUAUAACAAGUAGUAUACACUUUAAUCUUGGACGAUGUUACACCGUAAGGGCAAAAUUUCCAUCAAAGCGAGUUUCAAAAAAUUCAGGCUAUUCCAUGAUGUUAACUCAUCAUGUUUUGAAAAAAGAAAGCUUCAAAUAUGAGGCCGAACCUGGGUGGCACUUGUUUGUCCAUGAUGCGGCGGAAGAGUUUACAGAAAUCAAUAUGAAAGCAUCCGGGCGUGUGGAAUAUGUUUUUGCAGAGAUUGAUGAAGAAAUUGAAAUCAAGCUUCAAAGUCAACAUUUUUCAACAGUUCCUACAAUCGACAAUGCUUGCGAUUCUAACGAAGGCUAUAGCGACUUCCGGUGCGGGGAGACUUGCAUUUGGAGGGAGGUCACCAAUUUGGCUGGUUGUACAGGUCCUUGGAUGCCAAGUGUGCAGAAAGAGUCUUGCCACAAUUAUGAUUCUAUGAAAAAUCUCACAGUGUCCUAUCAAAAUAAAUACAAUAACGAAGAUAAUCCUAAUUGUGAAUGUGUUGAGCCAUGCCAUUCGAAAAUUUUUUCAACUUAUAUUCAAAACCGCAAACCAUUUAUUCAACCAAAACCAACAACACAAAUUUGGAUUUAUUAUACAUCUAAGCUUAUAACGAUGAUUGAAGACAGACCAAGUUACGAUACAACACAAUUUAUUGCUGACAUGGGAGGGACUUUGGGUUUUCUGCUAGGCCUAUCGGUUCUUGGACUUAUUGGUAUUUUGGAGCACAUCACAUUAUUGAUUUUCGGAGGUAUCAUCAAAAAAAUACAACUCAAAGAAGAAAAGCGCCUUCAUGCUGAAAAAGAAGAAGAAGAAAGACGAUCCAACACUAGUGACACAACUUUGGACGUUUCUUCAAUAGAUAAAAAUAGAUUUUGAAAAACAAAAACAAUUAAUGCAAGGCAAAAUUUCAUUUUUUGUUUUAU